AUGAGCAGAUACUCUCUGAAUUUUCUCCGACCAUACCUCUAUCGAGCUACCGCACCCGCCAGACCUGAGUAUGCGCGAGCAUACGUCUCUGUUCAGAGACGGUAUGCCCAGACGGUAGCCGCAGAAGACUUCACCGGCCCACACGAUGUCGAGAAGCAGAAAAGGCUUGAUCAGUUGAGGAAUGUGAAGCCGCUAGGCGAUUAUCAUCCACAGCUAGUUUAUCCUACUGGCGCAGAAAGCUUGUCACUUCGCGACUUCCAUGCGAAGUAUGAAGGCAUCCAGGAGACCAAGUCAGACAUUGUCUCUGUGUUUGGAAGGGUGCGUUCAGUGCGUUCACAUGGCUCCAAGCUGAUGUUCCUAGACAUCGAAAGGGACACGCAGCGACUACAGGUCAUGGUGGAGCUGAAAAAGCUCAUAGCACAAGAUGACCUCAGUGAGGAAUUCAAGGGCUUCAAGAAGAUUGCGAGGAUAGGGGACUGGGUUUCCAUUAAAGGAACCCCUACAAGAACGUCUACAGGCCAGCUCUCAGUUUUGGCCGCCGAAGUACCUCAAAUUCUUGCACCCUGCCUACACCACAUUCCCGAGAAGAUCGAUAACGCUGAGGCGCUUGCUCGACGACCUCACAUCCACCAGCUUACGAGCGAUGAACCCAGCGACAUUCUCAGACUCCGCGCGUUAAUCUAUGAUUACGUCCGGACAUACUUCAUACAAAGUGGGUUCUUGGAGGUGGAGACACCCAUCUUCGAUGUUAAUGCUGGAGGUGCUAUUGCGCGGCCAUUCGAAACCAUCGCGAAUGAGCUGUCCAGUGUACCUAUCAGACUUAGAAUAGCACCCGAGUUGAACCUCAAGCGGUUGAUAAUUGGAGGCCAGGACAGGAUAUUCGAGAUUGGUCGUGUCUUCAGAAAUGAGGGUGUUGACAAUACUCACAAUCCGGAAUUCUCUACGUGCGAGUUUUAUGAGGUUGGGGCAACUCUUCCUUCGGUUAUCGCAAGAACAGAGCAAUUGAUACACGGUCUGCACACUGCAAUCGAGUCGCUGAGAUCCACGUACUUCCCGUCACUGGCAACACCAGAAGGCAUCGACUUCUCCCAUCCGUUUGCGCAACUGCCUUUCAUUCCUACGAUUGAGAAAGCUAGUGGUCGCAAGCUACCUGAUUUAUCCUCACCAAACGCGACUAAGGAGCUCCUUGAGAUGUUCAAAGACCUUGACAUCAUCAUACCUCCGAAUCCUACCCUCCCACGCUUGCUCGACACCCUCGCCGAACAAUACAUCGAACCCCUCUGCGCAAACCCGACAUUCAUUACCCACCACCCUGAAGCUCUCUCCCCCCUCUCAAAAUCCUUUGUCGACCCCGUCACCAACCAACGCGUUGCCUUCCGCGUUGAGCUCUUCAUCCACAGUCGCGAAUACGUCAACGCUUACGAGGAGGAAAAUUCGCCGUUCGAGCAACGACGGAAAUUCAUGCAGCAACUCGAGUUACAUCCUGAGGGAGAGGGUGCGAUCGAUGAGAGUUAUCUUGAGGCGUUGGAAUGGGGGAUGCCACCUACCGGGGGUUGGGGAUGUGGGUUAGACAGACUAGUCAUGUUGUUUGCGAGUAAGAAGAGGAUUGCAGAUGUAUUGCCUUUUGGGACGUUGAGGAACGUUGUUAGUAUUGCAAAGCAUAAAUAA